GAGAACAAACAGAUGGUAAACAAACCGAUGAUAAACAAACCGAUGAAAGUGAACAAGGAGAACAAAAGAAACAAAAUGAUGAAGGAGAACAAAAUAAUGAAAGAGAAGGAAAUAAUGAAGGAAAACAACGGUUGGGUUCUAGGUUUCAGAUAAUAUUUAUGGCAUAUAUAGAUAAACAAUUAUCUUCAUAUUAUUCUUAUUUUUUAAAAGGUUCUAUUGAAACCAAUUCUCUUAGCACAAUUGAAAAUCCUAUAAAUAUUAAUUCACAAAGAUCAAGUAAAGUGGAAUUAAUGACACGGUUAACAGAAAAUUUCGAAGAAUCAUUAGAGAAUGAUUGGCAAAUUAUCUCCCAAGCUUUGCAUAAUCCUUCAACUGAAAAUUGUUCUAUUCUAGUUAAUGUACAGAAUAAUGGCAUAAACUUUAACUUGAUGUAUGAUUAUAUUGCAAUGAAAUUUGAUCAGAAAUUAUUUGAAUUGAGAGAUUCAGAUGAUAUAAAAAUAAUUAAACGCGAAUUUAGCAGUUGGAUUAGGAGAAAUUCUGUUAUGGAUUUUUUGGAUACAGAAUUAAAUAUUUAUAAGCUUCGUCAUUUUUUACAACUAUACAAUGGAUAUGCCGCACUUUUUGAAUUUGUUCGUAAAAAUACACCAGAUGAAUUCGAAAGUCUUAGUCUUGAUCAAAAAAUAGAACAAGGAAUUCCCCUCAGAUUAGAAACUACCAAAGCAGAAUCUCGAAUUUGGACAGCAUUAUGUCGCAUCAAAUUCAUUUUAGAAAAUGGAAUAAAAUCAAUUCGAGAACUUGCUCAAGCAGAUGCUAUAUGUAGAUUCAUUGAAAAUAUUUUCAAAGAGAAUUUUUCCUCAUUUCUAUAUGAUAUUUCUGAAGGAAAAUUUAAAGAAUUUUCUGUUUCUGAAGAAUUCGAUAAAAUCAGUUCAAUUGACUACAAAUUUUUUAAAGUACAUAAUUUUUCAUCUUUCUUAAUACGUUAUAUACUUUGGAUUAUUAAUGUUAAACCAUUUUUAUCUUAA